CGCACGCCAUAAUGCGCAGGAACAACAUUCGCUUGGACAACUCUAGCCUGUAGACAAACGUAUAGAUUGAAGUCUUUCUACAGCAUCAGUAAUUUGCAGCCACUCUGUUAGAGAUUCUAACACGGCAUAUUAAAUUACUAGCUGCCUGCAUGCACUGCGUCUCCACAAUUUACUUUGUUUACGUUCUAGCAGGUACUGUAUUAAUUUUAAUAAUAGUGAUUUGUCACGUGAUUCUACUUUCCAAGUGAACAAUCUCUAGCCAGCUCACGGCAAUACGAGUAUAAGGUAACGUUUUUCGAUAGAGCUCGACCAUUUGCUAUACAGUGUCAACUUACGGAAAUUGAAACAAGCGAGCUAGAGUGUGUCUACGGUUUUACGCGACAGCUCUAGCUGCCAGAUGCCAGCAGGAAGAGACUGCAGUAUCUUUCCGAAUGGGAGAUAUGGCAUAUCAAGAUGGAGCUUCUGCAGUCUCGCCGGAACGAGCGCAAAGCGAGAAAACUUGUACUGAAACUCGAGCUCGCAGAUUCAGAGCGGAAUAUUUGUCUGAAAGCACAAGAAGAAGCGACAGAACUGACGGCAAUGAUAUUCAAGAUCGACAAGGGCACUCUACUAGUAAUGACACUUUAAGGGGCUCCUUUAGGGGUGAUGGACGACCGCGGAGCAACAGCCUCCCAAGCGUCAUGAAAGCUGAGAGUUCAUCCCAAAUAAGAUUAGGUGAUCCGCUUGUCAGGCAUUAUUCUGCAAUUCCACAACAGGUUGCAGACAGAGUUGCAAAUACAGGCAGCACGUAUGACCGCGACAGCAAUCUGAGCAACCCCACCACUGCCCCGUCCCCGUCAAUAGCAAAGAUUGAAUCUGAAGAACAACUAAAAAUGCGUUUGAUAAUGGAAUUGAAAAAGGAGCUUGAUUAUGAACGAGCCAGACAUGACCGAGAACUUUCAAACAAGGAGAAAGAAUUGCAGCAAUGCAAGGCGCAGCUAGAAGCCAGUAAGCGAGAAAACGAAUGUCUUGAUACAACUAAACAAUCUCUGCAAUGCCCUAACGAUGAAUUAAGGAAGGACAACAACAAAUUAGAAGACCGACUGACAGAGGUAGAAUCAGGACUUUCAAGGUUCCACGAAAGCCAAACAAUGCGAGAGAGUUGUGAUCAAGAAAUUCGAGAUCAACUAAGCGACAUUCAACAGCAGUUGAAAUCGGAAAUAAAAGUGGAGCAGAGGCUAGACGGACAAGACACAGCAACACAUCACUCUUCAGCCCCCUUAGCUGUCCCAGUGCAGGUAUCUGAUGUGCGAUUAGAAAGAGAGAUAUUAAUGGUAUGUGGCGGCAGAGAAGUCCUAGUAUUUUGUGUGGCUCCAUGCACUAUUUCAGCAGGUAUCAUAAUGGUGUCACAAUUGAAUGGAAACUCUGCUCUCGCAGUCCUGCUCACUGUUGUCACAAACACUCUCAGCGUUUUUAUCAUGUCUCCUCUUCUUUCUCUUCUUGCAUCGUUCAAUUCUGAUGGAAGCUUGAGUAUUGGAAGCGUCGUUCUUAAAUUGUUAUUGACAGUAUUGGUGCCCAUUAUUGUGGGAAAAGCUUUCAGGUUAGUGCAACGAGUGAGACAGGUUGUCACAAGGUUUGACACGUUACUUAAGUUUGUCAGCAUGUCUCUACUCAUUCUUAUCCCAUGGAUGAAAAUCAGCAAGGCAAAACAGUCUGGCAGUUUUAGUAGUAUUUCUGUGGUCAACAUUGCUUCGAUUAUUGGAUUUGCUGUUGCAUUGCAUUUCUCAUUUCUUAUUAUCAACACAAUGGCGUCUUUUCUUUUUGUUUUGUCUACAGAAGCACGGAAGGCUAUCAUUAUUCUUGCUAGCCAGAAGACUCUGGCAAUUGCUUUGUCUGUUUUGUCAUAUUUGCCUGCGUCGGUUGGAGACAAAGGUUUACUGACCAUUCCUGUUAUCAUAUCUCACAUGUCACAGAUUAUUGUUGAUGCAUUCAUUGUAUCACUGUGGCUGCGAUACGAAUCAGGCAAACACAAGGCAACAGACAAAAUGGAAAUGAGAAUAAUAGAUGAACAAAUGGAAAGUGAAACUUUGAUAGAACCGCGCGUGUCUACGGCUUUUUGCGACAGCUCAGCUAUAGCUGCCAGACGCCAGCAGCAAGAGGCUGCACUAUCGUUCCGAAUGGGAGAUACGGCAGGUCAAGAUGGAGCUUCUGCAGUCUCACUGGAACGAGCGCAAAGCGAGAAAACGGAAACUCGCAGAUUCCUAAAAGCGAAGAGUUCAUCCCGGAUAAGAGUGGUUGCUCCGUUUGUCGAGCAUUAUUCUGUAAUUCCAACACAACAGGUUGCAGACAGAGUUGCAAAUACCGGCAGCACGUAUGACCGCGACAGCAACCCGACAACUACCUCGUCAAUGGCAAAGAUUGAAGAACUAGCAAUACAGCAGAUGCGCUUGAUAACGGAAUUGGAACAGAAGCUUGAUCAUGAACGAGCCAGACGUGAACGAGAAGUUUCAAACAAGGAGAAAGAAUUGCAGCAAUACAAGGCGCAGCUAGAAGCCAGUAAGCGAGAAAAAGAACGUCUUGAUAUAACUACACAAUCUCUGCAAUACCUUAAUGAUGAAUUAAGAGAGGACAAGAAGAAAUUAGAAGACCGCCUGACAGAGGUAGAAUCAGGAUUUUCGAGGAUCCACCUAAGCCAAACAAUGCGAGAGAGUUGUGAUCAAGAAAUUCGAGAUCAACUAGGCGACAUUCAACAGCAGUUGAAAUCGGAAAUAAAAGUGGAGCAGAGGCUAGACGGACAAGACACAGCAACACAUCACUCGUCAGUCCCCCUAGCUGUCUCAGCGGAGGUAUCUGAUGUGCGCCUAGAAAGAGAGAUAUUAAUGGUAUGUGGCGGCAGAGAAGUCCUAGUGCGUUACGCGUAUGAAAUCGCCUGUUGAGCAGACCAGUGAAUCUUAAUUCAUCCAUCAUUGAUCGAUAGUAAAACAAGACUAUUAAAGCAUUAUCUGGUUACAAACGAAACUCCACUGUUUGUUAUUAUGGUAUGCACACAAGAAUGUCUUCUAUCACAUAUGUUAUGUUAAUCCAAUUUUGAUAACGUCUUGUCACAACGUGAUCAUUGGCUGUUCAGAAAUCAAUUGUCUUGAAUUGUAGAGGGCAACAUCAUCAACAAAUCUGUGUUACCAAAUGGCUGUAUAGCAAGGAUUAUAUCAAGAACAGAACCGAGUCUUCAGUUUUAUGACUUUAGAAGUCUGAACGGCUGUAUGAGCAUGUACAUACAACUAGUUUACAGAAGUAGCUGUAGUAGAGUGUAGCUUCUGUUCGAAGCGUAAUAGUAUC